AUGUUGGGGUUUUCGAUCAAGACAACAAGACAAGCCAUGUCCAUCACCUACACCUUUGAAGGGGACUUCUCUGACUACAAUGAAACCUACCAACUCGACCUGAAUCCAAAGACAUUCGAAUGUAUUCCAAAACCUCUAGAACCUACAGCAGCUCUGGUUUCUUCUCUAAUCCUCAUAGCUAACUUUUUACUAGCCAUCCCAGGAAAUCUGCUGGUGGGUUGGGUGAUCAGCUCCAGCAGACGGGUUCUGACCUCAUCAGAUGUGUACUUGUUUCACCUGACAGUGGCAGAUGGAUUGAUGGCCGUGACGCUCCCAUUCUUUGCAGUCGCUCUUGUUAAGGGAUGGCUCUUUGGUGACUUUAUGUGCAAGUUCCUCAACCUCAUUAUUGAAGCAAAUUUCUACACCAGCAUAAUCUUUUUGGCCUGCAUAAGCGUUGAUAGGUAUCUUGUGAUUGUGCACGCAAAUGAGAGCCACUGGAGUAAAAAGAAGGAGUGCAGCAGGAUCCUCUGUGCAGCGGUCUGGGCUCUUGGUUGGGCCCUCGCCCUGCCUGCCCUUUUUAACGAUGCUGUCAAAUUCAACGACGACUCGGAAAGGUUCAUAUGUACCGAAAGCUUUGACGUGGGGAGCAUUACCAGUUGGAAGCUUGCCACCGGUGGGUUUCGCCACAUCUUCGGCUUUCUGAUCCCACUGGCUGUCAUGAUAUCCUGUUACAGCAUCACGGUCGUGAGGCUGUUGAACACUCGUGGUUUCCGGAAGCACCGGGCCAUGCGGGUGAUCAUAGCCGUGGUGAUUGCAUUCCUGCUGUGCUGGGGGCCGUACCACAUAACCAUGAUGAUUGAUACGCUGAUGAGAGCCGACCUGAUACCGUUUGGCUGUGGCAUGAGGAGGUCGGUGACCUUAGCUCUGAACAUUACCAACACCAUUGCUCUUCUACACAGCUCCAUAAACCCUUUCUUGUAUGCCUUCGUGGGAGAAAAGUUCAGGAAGAAAAUGAUGCUUCUCAUACAGAAGAAACUAAGACCGGAGAGAUUAUCAGGGUCUAAGUCCAGCAGGUCGACUUCUCAGACCUCAAGGGAAAAUGGAACAUUCAUUUAAUGAUUUCAGUACCUAAACUCAUAUGUUUGUAGCAUAAAAAAUAACAAAGCAAAAAAAUACAUCUGUUGCUCUGAUAGAAAAAGAAGACAGAUGGUUUGAGAGGGGUGUGAAGAAAGCCAUCUAAGUUAAGAAAGAAAAACAUACAACUUAGUGAUAGUGUUGAUUCCUUCCCGCUAUCAUCGCAACCCCCACCUCAUUCAGGAGAGCAGAACAUCUCGCCUGUUCAUCCAGGCCAACAAUUCCCCCUAACAAACCCCUUUCAGAGACAUAGACCAGUAUUGGGUAUUGCAGGCUAACAAAUAACCAAAAUGACUGCCCAUUCCUAAGGGGCAGACCCA